AUGGAGAACCCCGAACAAAACACUAUGGAGCACGAGAACGCCGAGCAUCGAACCGCCGAGCAUAUUACCGCCGAACGUCAGACCACCGAAUCGGAUACCACUCAAGAUGCCAAAACAAAGGGCCCAGAAGAAGGCGCCAAAGAUGAGUACUGGCUACAUGACAACAUCGCCGGGCUCUACAUCACGAUGAACCCUGCAAACGUCCACGGCCGCACCACAGUGAUCAGACAUGCCGGUACCGAGGACUUCUUAGUGUGGGACUCUUCAUGGGACCACACCCAGCCAUUCGCCGAAAUGACAGUGGAGGUAGCCCGCAACGCGGCUCAUUCUGCCCUGGGCGUUGUAACCGAUUACGAGAAGCUGAGUCAACCGAUUACAGUCUAUCAUGCCCCGGUCAAGGGUAUACCUAGCAUUAUGCGAUCUGAGCCUAAAAGCGCGCGUCUUGAGUUUGUUCAAGAGUACGCGAAGGCACACGAUCCGGCGCGGCUGACUGAAGAGGACUUCAAGAGGCCUAUUCCGGCAGCUAGAGUGGGCGAUAACGUUAAUCCGAUAGUCACUGGUGACUCAGUGUCCGGCAGCAUCGGUGUUGCAGCUUCAGGUUUGGAUGACCCGUUAUUCCUUUAUGUUCACGAGCACAAUGCAAGCUGGGUCACUCUGAUCCUCGACUUACAAGACCCGAGCGCACCAAAGAUGCAGCUAGGCAAGAACAGACGCGUCGAUCUUCUGCAGCAAGACGAUACCGAUGAGCCCUUUCAUAUCGAAUACUACGCCUUCAAACACGGAUAUACCCUGCGUCUCAACAACUGCGGCCAUACUACACAGAUCAGAGGCGGCCCUAUAGAAGGGAAAAUCUUCAAGGGUAAGAGCACGAAGAGCAGCAGAGCAACAAUCAAGUGGAAAGAGUUUCACCUGCAUCUACCCUUUGAUCGUUGGCAUGCUCCGUGCAAGCACGACACGUGGGAAGGAAAGUACAAUGGUAGGGCGCAGGGUAUACACAACGAAGACUAUGCGAAACACAAUGUGGUCAUGUUUCCGAGGUUUAUGGAUAUGCUAGAGAAGAUUAUCGGGGAAGGACGUGUACGGAUGUGCCAGCAGAGUGACGGAGAGCUUGAUGACAUAGACGCAGAAGACAAGGAGGAAAUUGACGAGGAAGGUGAGGAGAGCGGUGAGGAGGAGGAUGGUGGGGAAGCUGCUUUGAAAGGUGGCGAUGGAGGUAGUGAGUAG